CAGUUUUCAAAGUUGACAGAUACAACUUGUGAAUCAUAAGCACAACAUUGCUUGUAAAAUAAAAAUAACUUGUACUAAAUAAUACUCUUACUGGAAUCAUGAUAUUGUGGUGGGGCUAACAGUGUCUCUUCUGUUUAUCCCUUUUCGUUCAAACUCAACAUGCUACGAUUCGUCUUGUUUCUCUUAUUUUGCUAUUAUACUGAAACUUGUGGUUCUGAUGAGGCCAAAGGAGAUAAAGUGGUGACCGUGGAUUGCUCUACAUUACGCUUGGGUCAGUAUAUAUGCCCUGACCCUAGUAUAGAUCAGAUAGACACGGAAACGCAACAGUAUAAAGGCUGCACAAAGGGUAAAACAGUUCCUUCAGAAGGUGAAGCUGAUGUUCAAUGUAUAGCAGCUGAUGGUAUUAUAUGCACUGAAACCAACAAUUCUACUUUUACUAGAAAAAUGCCCUGCAAAUGGACGAAUGGCUACUCCCUAGAAAUAGCUUUACUGCUGUCAGUCUUCUUAGGGAUGUUUGGUUUGGACAGAUUCUACUUAGGCUAUCCUGGUAUUGGUUUGGCCAAACUCUGCACACUGGGAUUUAUGUUUUUAGGUCAACUAUUAGAUAUCAUUUUAAUUGCAGCCCAGGUCGUAGGUCCAUCCGAUGGGUCAGCAUUUGUCAUACCGUACUACGGAGCUGGAGUAACUGUUAUCCGAAGUGACAAUGAGACAUACCUUCUGCCACAAGCUGAUUGGAACAAUAUUACCUGACAGUGGGGAUUUAUUACCUUUGAAGAUGAUGAUUAUGAAUGGACUUAGUGUCUCAGUAAAGUGAAAAUAUUUUACGAUUAUACAACUGUUGUAUAUUUUUAAAAUGUAUAUUGUAAAUAAUGAUUAAAAUAAUU